AUGCCUUUAAUCAAAAAACGCAAGGUUGCCGAAGAGGCGCCUGCUGUUGCUGCCGCCGCUGAAGAAAGCGAUGCUGGAUCUGCAGCCUCCCAGGCUGGUGACGAUGUCCCGGAGGAGGUCAUUGAAAAGAAAUCCUUCAAGGACCUCGGAAUUAUGGCAGAGCUCUGCACCGCUUGCGAAAAAAUGGGAUACAAAGCACCCACACCGAUCCAAGCCGAGUCAAUCCCAGCUGCUUUGGAAGGCCGCGAUAUCAUCGGUCUUGCGGAAACAGGUUCAGGAAAGACCGCAGCUUUCGCCCUCCCAAUCCUCCAGACACUCAUGGACAAGCCCCAGCCAUUCUACGCACUGAUCAUCUCGCCUACUCGAGAACUGGCCUAUCAAAUUUCCCUGGCCUUUGAGAACCUCGGCUCGACAAUUGGUGUCAGGACAGCAGUUCUGGUCGGUGGUAUGGACAUGGUUCCCCAGAGUAUCGCACUAGGGAAAAAGCCCCAUAUCAUCGUCGCAACCCCCGGGCGUCUCCUCGAUCACCUCGAGAACACAAAGGGUUUCUCUCUCCGCAGCCUGAAGUACCUUUGCAUGGACGAAGCCGACAGACUCCUUGACAUGGACUUUGGUCCGAUUCUGGACAAGAUUUUGAAGGUUCUUCCUCGCGAGCGCCGAACUUUCCUCUUCUCGGCUACUCUGAGCUCCAAGGUCGAAUCUCUUCAGCGUGCAUCUCUUUCCAACCCGCUGCGCGUCUCUGUCUCCUCGAGCAAAUACCAGACAGUCUCUACACUGCAGCAAUACUUCCUUUUGAGACCUCACAAGCACAAGGAUGUUCACCUAAUUUACCUUUUGAAUGAGUUUAUUGGACAAAGCGUCAUCAUCUUCAUGCGGACUGUUCACGAAACCCAGAGAAUCGCCUACCUGCUGCGUGCGCUCGGAUUCCCCGCAAUCCCUCUCCACGGACAACUUUCUCAAUCCGCGCGUCUGGGUGCGCUCGGAAAAUUCCGUUCCCGUGCUCGCGAUAUCCUCGUUGCCACCGAUGUCGCAGCCCGUGGUCUUGAUAUCCCCUCCGUGGAUGUUGUUCUCAACUACGAUCUGCCAACAGACUCAAAGACCUACAUUCACCGAGUAGGAAGAACUGCCCGUGCGGGUAAGAGUGGUGUCGCCAUUUCCUUCGUUAGCCAGUAUGACGUGGAGAUCUGGCAACGAAUUGAAGGCGCGCUAGGAAAGGAGCUUCCUGAGUAUGAUGCUCAAAAGGACGAGGUAAUGGUUCUAGCCGACCGAGUGAGUGAGGCACAGAGACAGGCGAUCUCGCAGAUGAAGGAUUAUGAUGAAAAGCACGGCAAUAAGGCCGGAAAGAAACAGUUUGGCAAGGGUAAGCGUGGUCGUGAUGACAUGGACAAGGAGGAGGGUUAA